CACACUCUUUCCGGCCUUGGUCCAGCGCGCAGGCUCAGAGAGUGAGCCAAGAUGGCGGCGCCCGUGGAUCUGGAGUUGAAAAAGGCCUUCACAGAGCUUCAAGCCAAAGUUAUUGACACUCAACAAAAGGUGAAGCUUGCAGACAUACAGAUUGAACAGCUAAACAGAACGAAAAAGCAUGCCCAUCUUACAGAUACAGAGAUUAUGACUUUGGUAGACGAGACUAACAUGUAUGAAGGUGUAGGAAGAAUGUUUAUUCUUCAGUCCAAGGAGGUAAUUCACAAUCAGCUGUUAGAGAAACAGAAAAUAGCAGAAGAAAAAAUUAAAGAAUUGGAACAGAAAAAAUCCUACCUGGAGCGCAGCGUGAAGGAAGCUGAGGACAACAUCCGGGAGAUGCUGAUGGCCCGAAGGGCACAGUAGGAAUCCUCUAGGGGGCACUUCUCCUACUGACCCCUCCCUCCCAUUCCUGGCAAGGACAAGGGGCUCAUGCAGGGAGGAAAAUGGCCUCUGCUUUACCCUGAUGGACAUUUUAUCUGGAUGGUUGGUAACCCUGUGUUUUCUGCAUCACCCUGCGCCCCUGUCAAAUCCCAACCCCACGGUUUUGACCCCAGCUCUGCCUGCCGCCCCUGCCUGUGACACUCCUCUCUCUGUGGGGGGCGAGUCAUAAACUCCCAGGAGAGAGAAGAUGGGAGCCAGGACAGACAGGGGUGCUCUGCCCACAUCCCCUGCGAGUCAUGCUGGUCAGACCAAUAAAAGGCAUCUGUGCCACUC